AUGGUCAAGAGCGAGUCUUCACCACCCACGUCCAAACCGAGCAGCGAUCCACUCAAAACGAGUUUCAAGUUGCAACGACAACGGCGCCUAUUUUUUAAAGCCCGGAUGUCAAAGUUCGAUCUGUCGAACCCAGACUCUUACAACGAUACCUUUCGUGGGUUUUAUACGCUUUUCUGGAUUGCUAUGGGAUUCUAUGUGAUUCAGACCUUGAUCCGUUGUUACGAACAAGAAGGCACCAUUUUAAGUGCCGGGUUUUAUCGGUUGAUAUCUAAAGACGGCUUGACCUUGUUGAUCUCGGAUAUGCUCAUGGUAUCCACCACCCUUUUCAGCGUCCUGUUCUCCAAACUGUUGGUGUGGGAAGUCAUUCGCUACGAAACAGUCGGAUUCGUUCUGCAACAUGUGUGCCAAACCGUGUUUUUGUUUUUCAAUGUUUACUGGACAUUUUGGAGAGAUUGGCCAUGGGUACAAUCCGGAUUUUUUACACUACACACCAUUGUCAUGAUGAUGAAAAUGCAUUCUUAUACAGCGCUCAACGGUGAUUUAUCCAUGAAGUCUCGUCGCCUUCGACAGCUCAAGGCUUAUUUACCAAAGCUGAUAUCGGAAAGCCAAAAUGGACCCAAGGAAAAUGGCGUUCCGGGAAAGAAAGAGGAUCCUCUCCACACGAAGCAUGGACAAAUAUCAUCCGAGGAGGAGCAACACGAGGUUGAGGAAGAGAUCAAGUUUCUGGAGGAAGAACUGGUGCAUGGGAACACGCGGUACCCGAAUAACGUAACCUUGAUGAACUAUCUCGACUAUUUACUUGUGCCUAGUUUGGUAUAUUGGAUGGAAUAUCCCAGAACGGAUCGUAUUCGACCAUGGUAUAUUCUUGAGAAAGCGAUGGCUACGACGGGAUCGUUUCUGUUCUUGUAUGUCACUACGGAACGAUGGAUCCUGCCGAAACUUUACGAUCCUCACAUGUCGGAGCCGCGAGUCAUAGUUGAACUCAUGUUUCCUUUUAUGAUCAAUUAUUUAUUUAUUUUCUACAUUAUUUUUGAGUGUAUUCUGAACGCAUUUGCAGAGCUCAGCAGAUUUGCGGAUCGCAACUUUUACGAUGACUGGUGGAAUAGUGUUACAUACGACGAAUUUGCACGCAAAUGGAACAAGCCUGUGCAUCAGUGGCUUCUGCGUCAUGUGUAUGCUCAAUCGAUGGAAUCGUACAAGCUGACCAAAACCAACGCCACAUUUGUCACCUUUUUGUUAUCAUCUUGUUUGCAUGAACUGGUAUUAAUGGUGGUGACCCGGAAAGUGCGCAUGUAUCUAUUUGUACUUCAGAUGUUCCAGUUGCCCUUGAUUUUCUUUAUGCGACGUCCAUUUAUUCGCAAAAAUGCUUGGCUGGGAAAUACGGUCUUUUGGCUCUGCAUGCUCGUCGGGCCUCCCCUAUUGGGCAUUUUAUACUGUAGAGAAGUGUUCUGGUCCAACUGGUCCAAAUCCGUCAGCCCCGUUCAUCACGGCGUCGCCGUAUAG